CAUUUCUAUAAAAAAAUAAAGGAUCAAAAAGCUCUAUUAUGGUACUUUUGGUACCAUAGACAAGCCUAAAUAUUUUAUUUGUACGAGACUCUCAUGCUAAACAAACACCUUAGUGAUGCAGGUAUAAGAGCUAAUUUAAGAAAUUUUGGGGGCUUCUUGCGAAGUCUUCUACAUUUACAAAGGAAAAUAAAUGAUUGAGCCGUUUGAGGAUAAUGGAAUCCAUUAUUUCGCUCCUAAAAAUAAGAUUUAUUUUCUGUUUGAACUUAUGACCUCUCGUUUUCUGGAUUGUAACUUCGAAUCUACCAAAAAUUUUAUGAUUAGAUACCGCAAUAUUAGCGUUCCCGAUAUCCAAUUUGGACUCGAGUUUAUCGAAGACAUCAAGGAAAUUAAACGAGAGUUUCAACCAAAGCUGAUUCCUUUCUGGCUGGUCAGUGGCACUCUAUUAGGUUGGUAUAGGCAAUGCUCUCUCAUCCCAUAUGUUUACGAUAUUGAUUUCGCAGCGUGGAUAAGAGAUUUCGAUACGUCCCUAAUUGAUCAGCUAACGAAAAGCUCAGUUCUUCAUGCAGUCUAUGGCACGCCAGAAAAUUCAUUUCAAUUCGUCCUGAUGAAUAAACGUUUGAAAGUGAAUUUAUUUUUCACGUAUGAAGAACAGAGUUAUUUCUGGUAUGGAAAACACACAAUAGAAGAUGGUUACAGUUUCAAGUACGUUUACCCAAAAUUCACAUUAUGCUCGGCAGAAUUAGUAUACGAGAAGGUUCUUGUUCCUUGUAAUACCGAAUUAAUCGUGGCUACAGAGUAUGGAAAAAAUUGGAUGAUUCCUGAACCUAAAGGGCAUUCCCCUUUAAACAUAAAGGAUAAGAAAUUUUGGACUGUCGAACAACGAAUUAAUGCAUUUCUUCCGAAACUUGAACAUUAGAUUAAUGAUUUUUUUUUUAACAAUUUUAAUUUAUACAAAUACCGAUAUAUCGAUAGAUAUUUUAUAAAUGUAUUCAAAUUAUUUAUUUAUUUUUAGGAAAUCCUGUAGAAUUUAAAUAGAGAUAACUAACAAUAUAAGAACAUGUAAAAUGG